UUCUUAAAUAUAAGAACUUUCAUUUUCUUCUUUUUUCUGGAGUUAAAAAUUAAGUGAUUGAAGAAAAAGGAGAAACGUAGAGGGGCAAAUGUGUAAAAAUUAAUUUUGCAUCAGCGUGAAUUUUUUUUUGUCAUUAAUCAUCCAUUUUUUGCGCUUAUCGCGAAAAUGUCAAAGUUAUGACUGUCACAUGUGUCGCAUGACAUAUCGGCACUCUUCCGAAAAUUCCGGCCGUUUUAAUCACGAAUUGGAUAUAAUCAAUCACGGGCGUAGAAGUUACCUUGGGGACGAGCGCGACGAACUUUUUGCGAAAAUGUGAUUUUAACGUGCGAGACCGCCUAUUGUGAUCGCGCAUCGGAAGUUCCGCGCGUUUGUCACGUGCUCGAGGCGCGCUCUUAUACCUGUGUCCCGAUAGCGGCUUUAGGAAAUUCGUGUCAUUAAUAAAAACAAUUGUGAAUUCGAAUACGUGAGCGACAAAAAAUGAAUAUUGAUAUAAACCGGAGAAGAAGGGAGAGAUUUACGGAAACAGCUCGUCGCUGUGGAAGUAGAUAUAUCCGAAACUUCAGUCUCGCUCCACGGUUCAAACAUAGAAUUCUCUUUUCAAGAAGAAGACCACUUUUAUAGGGUUUCUCCGUUUGAACGCAUUCUGUUUACAUAUCGAAACGCGACGUCGUAUCGAGCUAAGCAACGAUACAUUUAUAUUACAAAAAGUGCAAAUUAUAUAUAAAAAUAACCAUCGUUAGACAGUCAAGAGGAAAUAAUGUCUGCAUACUGGUGUUUCGUCUCGCUGCUAUAUUACGGAUUUAUCGUUCAAACAAAGGGUCUGAUACGCACGCACCAAAUAUUCCCGCCGCACACGGAUUCCAAUUUAUUGGUUGAAAACUUCAUAAAAAAGAGCGGCUACCCCUUUGAGCUUCAUCAUGUAAAAACUAGGGACGGAUACAUAUUAGCUGUGCAUCGGAUACCAUCUAAUCAAGCACUAUGUAAUAAUUCGACUAAUACUAAAAAUCGACGAGUGGUCUUAAUUAUGCACGGAUUGCUGGGGUGUUCGAUGGAUUGGGUAAUAACGGGUCAAAAUCGAUCACUCGCUUAUCUUUUAUCCGACAAUGGCUAUGACGUGUGGCUCGGCAACUCCCGGGGGACAACAAAUUCGAAAAACCACACGAGGCUCUCCUUGGAAAGUCCUGAAUUUUGGGAUUUCAGCUGGCACGAGAUGGGUAUUUACGAUUUACCCGCUAUGAUAGAUUACAUAUUGCAAAAAACCGGACAAAAACAACUGUUUUACAUAGGCUUUUCUCAAGGAACGACACAAUUUUGGGUUCUAAUGUCUCUCAGGCCGGAAUAUAAUAGAAAGAUCAAACUCAUGUCUGCUCUAGCCCCUGUGGCUUAUACAGGACAUAUUGGUGGUCUAUUGAGACCUUUAAGUUUCUUCGCAAAUUUUUUCAGGAAAUUUUAUAAAUACACCGGAUUCUUUGAAUUGUUGCCAAAUUCGAACCUGGAGAAAAUGAUAACAUAUCGUUUUUGUCGGGAAGGCCUUAUCACUGAGCCCAUUUGCGCGUUUGUUAUAGCCUCGAUAGGAGGUUUCAGUCGCGGCGAAGUGGAUCAUGCGCAUCUAGCCGAAUAUCUGCAAUUCGCGCCGGCAGGUUGUUCGUUAAAGCAAUUAGUUCAUUACUCGAUGGGUAUUCAAAAUCCAGGACAUUUUCGCCCUUACGAUUACGGUUUGAUAAGGAAUAUCCUAGUAUACAGACAAUUCGUACCACCAGAAUAUCCUAUGCAAAGGAUUACAGCCCCGGUGAUUUUGUACAACGGCCUGAGCGACGUUUUAGCUCAUCCGAAUGACGUUGAUAUAUUGCAACAAAAAUUGCCGAAUUUGUUGGAGAAACAUACGGUCACGCUAAAACCAUUGGGUCAUUUCGAUUUCGUAUACGGAUUGAAUGUACCAGAACUCGUUUAUGAUUAUCUGAUUGAUAAGAUGAAUUCAAUGACAUAAAGGUGCUUCAUCAUCGAUUCAGCCAUCUAAUUCAAUGAUCUCAAUCUACAAUCGAACAACGAAGCUAAGACUAUAGAUGAUAGAAUUUUGUCACGAUUUAUAUUUUUUAUAUCGUAAAUCACUAAACAAGGGAUGCGAAAAAAGAAAACGAAGAGGAAAGGAUAUUUAAUUAUGCGACUAAUAAUAAGGAUCUUCGCUGUUUCCGUUUAAUACGCAAAAACAAGCAAGAUCCGUACUUUCAGAUCUACCUCACUGAUCGCAUAAUAAUCUUUAAUGGAAUUACUUUAAAGAAAAUGCGGGUACUUUGAUUGAGCACGCAUCGCCAAUUUUAUUUUGUCUUCCGCUGCCAUAUAAAUCUUAAUGUAUGCAUUCGUUCAAAUAUUAUUAGUAUAUAAUAUUUGAACGAGAGAUGUUUCUUUCUUUUUGGAAAAGAAAGAGAUACAUAUAUAUCAUAUAUAUAUAUAUAUAUAUAUAUAUAUAUCAAGAGUAAGCAAAUUUAAUAACACAUACCCUGAAGUAUUGCUAUUUAUUACGUGUCCAUAUUUAUUUAUAAUACACUAUUUGUGAGAGUAGAUUUAAUGUGAUAUAUUCAAAAACUGUAACUGUACCACAAUAGUGUGGAUGUGUGUCGACGAACUGAAUCAGUGAGACGCUGAAGCCGAGCGGAAGCCAGUGUGGAAGAUGCUGAAACAAAAUCAGAUUUCUAGGAUUCGUGUCAACGUUAUCCAAUUCUAGAAAAUAUCGAGCAAGUCACUUCAUGUUUGCAAUAAUACUCUUGAGAGUUUGUGUUAAAAAAUGUUUUUCGUUUCUUUUUAUCAGAAUUUGAUUAAUUUCUUAUUUUAAUCGGAAUACAAAAUCUCAUGUAAUAAAGUGUUUAUUGAGAAUUCAAUAUAUUUAUAUAAAAUAAUUAUUUUAAUAACUAUA